CAGCGUUCAUUUGAAAUCUGACUUAUCCUGUUUGGUUUUUAACUUCCUAUCGUCUUCAUUUUUUCCUUAUACUAUUUGUCUCCUAUGUUUUUUCAGAUUGAGCUCAAAACAGCGCCUGCUGAUUUUCGCUUUCCUACAACCAAUCAAACCAGACAUUGUUUCACUCGCUAUGUUGAGUUUCAUAGGUGUGUGGCAGCAAAGGGUGAAGGCUCAGGUGAUUGUGAAAGAUUUGCCAAAUAUUAUCGUUCCCUUUGCCCCAGUGAAUGGGUUGAAAAGUGGAAUGAGCAGAGGGACAAUGGAACUUUUCCGGGCCCCUGUGAGGCAUUUUCAGAUCCCAGGAUACCCUUAAGAUUAUGCUGGUUUUCGUUGAUGAGCCGCCUUGUUCGGUUCACAGCUUUCGACGGCUCCAACAAUCGUCUCUCCGGUCCAACUCCGGCGUCGUUAGCCAACGGCAGCGGCAACUUGCCAAGAUUUAAAGCCACGUCUUUCUCAGGAAAUAAGGAACACUACUAA